UUCCUCAAUGUUUACCGCCGGACCGCUUAUGGGACAGAGACUUCCUGUCCCACCCACAUUUCCAUGUCGCUUCCGGGUGGCUAAACAAGAUUCUUCCAGCAAGCGGUCGUUAUCUUAAUGCUGUAAACAAAAGUUACUAAACGGUUCAGCUUCAGCGACACAUUAAGCGAAAGGACAUGCAUAUCAAAACAGGUACAUGGGAAGCUACCAACACUGUGUGUGAGUCAGAUACUCUGUGUGAUCCAGCGGUCCUUGUUUCAGCCACCAAUUCGGAGCCACAUAUUCGCAACCGUCGCCUGUCUCCUGGCUCAGGAAAUUGUGGAGGUGGUGGAGGUGGAGGCUGUGUCUCUGGGGGUGACCAGCAGCCCCAGCAAAUUUCACCUGAGGGUGAACUGAUUGGACCUGGUCACACACAAACCUUCAGCGUUCGCAGGGAAAAGGAACGCAAGCGUCUGCAACACAAAGGGCGCAGUCUCCGCAGGGAGAGUCAAAAGGGGGUCAGCAGAGUUGGCGAGCGGUCACAAAAAGUUAACCAGAAAGAUAGGUGGGUGGAGGACAGUCUAUCACUGCUCAAGCCCCCUCCUGCCUUCCCAGUGCAGGACAGCCCAGCCAAGCUGCAGCCUGCUGUCAGCUACGCCUCCAAGGUGAAGGCAGGGGCAACGAGUGGAGCCCUGGAGGAGGACCGGUCUGCAAUUGGUGCGCUGCUGCAGAACCGGUGGGGUCUCUGUUUCAUCAGUGAGGGAAGGCCGGUCAUGGAGGGCUCCUGCACUCACCCUGCUGUCAACACCCUCCCACCUCAGCAUGCAGAUGCUAAUCAGUCAGCGGACCUAGAGCUCCACACCGGUCUCACUGCCCAGUCCACCAAAGAAACACCUGUUCAAGUUGCUACCUCUGUUACCCCCAUCACAUGCCCAGAGGUGGACGAGAGCAAUGGCACGCUGCUGCUUAGCUGUCGCCAUCUAGUGGAGGCUUUGAAUCACCACAAUAGAGAAUGGAAUGCUAUAUGUAACAGACAGAAAAAAGAUCCUAAAAGGGUUGUGUGGUACAAGGACACCCAGGAGCAUCCAGCCUAGCAGUGUGAGAAACCCAAAGCAUAUAUAAGCACAUACGCAAAACACCUACAUGCACAUGAAAACACAAAAGGUGGACUACUUUUGGAGUCCUUUCACACACACUGCACUCAGGAUGAUGUCUUCACACAACGCCACACUGAGACACUUUGGACUAACUCUUUUGAGAUCUUACAGCAAUGGACUUUUUAACGCCUUACAGAACGCCUUAAUUAAUCAGACCUGUUUAACACCUCUGACCAUUUUUAGCUUGUAUGUGUAGAGCUGGUCUUUUUUUUUUUUUUUUUUAAACAAUCUCUUAAGGAGCUGUAAUUUAAAUUUUUGUCCAGUUUUAUCAAAAUUUUUCCUUUGUCCUCUGCAAAGAGUGGUCAAUCCAGCACUUUGUUUUAAAUCUAUUGUGACCAACCCCUGUGUGCGAGAAACCCUCACCAGAGUGAUAUUUUCCCCCUCUCGAUUAUAAGCAGCAGAAUGUCUUGCUUGAGUUUAAAAUUUUAUGGUUCAUGUAUGCAGACGACAUCUGUAUCAGUGUCUUCAGUUUACAGACAGGUGUAGUUAAAGGCACAAUAGAGUUCACCCUUUACCCCUGUCAGAUCUUAAUGCUGUGUUCCUUCCUUUUUUAUUUUGGUUCCCUAAUUGGAUGAAUGUUACUCAUGAAUCUAUAAGGGUUCUCAUGUUUGUUCUGUAGAUUUAUUUAGUUUUUUGUGAAAAGAAUCUAUUCAAUAAAGUUACACUGGAGAAGGAGGAGGAAUGUAAGUGAACAGUAUUGCUUAAUAAAAAUUAAUAAAUUUAAGUUCCAUCUUAA